GAUAUGGAAACCAAGGUGGCGGAUAUGGUGGCGGUGGUGGAGGAUAUGAUGGUUACAAUGAAGGAGGAAAUUUUGGAGGUGGUAACUAUGGUGGUGGUGGAAACUAUAAUGACUUUGGAAAUUAUAGUGGACAACAGCAAUCAAAUUAUGGACCCAUGAAAGGGGG